UCAGCCGGAAUGACGCUGGUGUCUGCAGCUGUGUCACGGAAGCUGUCAGGUUUUUCGUGUUCUACCGUCUGCUGAUUUAUCAUAACCGCUUGAUGCGUACUAGUAGGUGAAGUUCUAAUUUUGUUACAUAAACAUGGAAGUGUACAUGAAUGGAGAUCAUGUUUCACCUGAAACAAAGCUUAACUUAAUCAAAAGGAACCUACAGGAAGUAUUAGGAGAAGAUAAAAUGGUAGAAAUCUUAAAGGAAAGGGAUUUAAAAAUUUAUUGGGGAACAGCUACUACUGGAAAGCCUCAUGUGGCCUACUUUGUUCCUAUGUCAAAAAUUGCUGAUUUCUUGAAAGCAGGUUGUGAGGUCACAAUCUUGUUUGCAGACCUUCAUGCUUAUUUAGAUAACAUGAAAGCUCCUUGGGAACUUUUGGAGCUACGUGAAAAGUAUUACGAAGCAGUCAUUAAAGCUAUGCUGGAAUCAAUUGGUGUGCCUCUCAAUAAACUGAAAUUUGUUAAAGGAUCUGAUUACCAGCUGAGCAAGGAAUAUACUUUAGAUGUGUACAGACUAGCUUCCCUUGUAACUGAACAUGAUGCAAAGAAAGCUGGUGCUGAAGUUGUGAAGCAAGUAGAACAUCCAUUCCUUAGUAGUCUCAUGUACCCAGGACUUCAAGCUUUAGAUGAAGAAUAUUUAAAAGUAGAUGCUCAGUUUGGAGGAGUGGAUCAAAGGAAAAUAUUUACAUUUUCUGAAAAGUAUCUUCCCCAAUUGGGUUAUUCUAAGAGAAUCCAUUUAAUGAAUCCCAUGGUCCCCGGUCUUACUGGCGGCAAAAUGAGCUCUUCAUUAGAAGAUUCAAAGAUUGAUCUCUUAGACAGUCCUGCAACAGUUAAGAAAAAACUUAAAAAAGCCUUUUGUGAACCAGGGAAUUUGGAAGAAAAUGGAGUUCUAGCUUUUGUUAAAUAUGUUCUUCUACCAUUGUUUAAAAACGAAGAUUUUACUGUGCAGCGAAGUGAAGAAAAUGGUGGUAAUAUUGUAUACAAAGAUUACACAUCUUUAGAAGCAGAUUUCAGAAGCCUAACUUUACAUCCUGGUGAUCUAAAAGCUGCAGUAGAAUCAUAUUUAAACAGAUUACUUGAUCCUAUCAGAAAGAAGUUUGAAAAUCCAGAGUUAAAAAAACUGUCUGAGCAGGCUUACCCACCGCUUAGCAAGAAAGGGAAACUUGUAAAUGAUCUUCCUGUUUCACCUGCUCGGCUAGAUAUUCGAAUUGGUAAAAUUCUGGAAAUUCAAAAGCAUCCAGAUGCAGAUAGUCUUUAUGUCUCCAAAGUGGACUUAGGAGAUUCUUCCAGGCCUAGAACUGUUGUUAGUGGAUUAGCAAAACUUAUUCCUCAAGAAGAGCUGGAAAAUAGACUCGUUGUAGCUUUAUGCAAUUUAAAACCAGCCAAAAUGCGUGGAAUUGAAUCGCAAGCUAUGAUAUUGUGUGCAUCACGUGAGGAACCAAGAGAAGUGGAACUUUUAUGCCCACCAAACAACAGUAAACCAGGAGAUCGAGUAUUUGUGGAAGGUUAUGAAAAUUCUCAGCCUGAUGAUCAACUUAAUCCUAAGAAAAAAAUAUGGGAAACACUGCAGGCUGAUUUACGGACUUCUAACAACUGUAUUGCAGAAUGGCAAGGGAAUGCAUUAUUAACAUCAGCAGGAACAGUUAGAAGCUCAUCGAUGAAAGGAGCACCUAUUAAAUAAUUUUACUUCUAAAAAUAAAUUAUGUAAAGGCUUGCUUUGUAUUGUGAUAAAAAUAGAUUACAUGUAACACAGAAAUUCAGUAUGUUACAAUUAGUACAGAAGGGUACAACUUUCAGUGAUAUAUUUAUUUAUUUUCUUAAAAGGACACUUGCUGAAUGCUUCACUCUGAGCUUUAAUGUUUUAUUAUUUUAUUGACCAAAGUCUUUUCAGUUUUGCUAAUGCUCAUGAUGAUAACUUUCUGUUCCAGCACAAUCGUUUUCCCAUGCUCUUAACUAUGAAAAAAAUAAUUAAACUGUUUCAUCUGUUAUCUGUAUCAAUUAAAUGCAGAUAUGGCUUAAAUAUAUCUACAUGUAAAUAAGUUUUAAUUUUAAGACAUAAAUAAAGUAUGAAGACUAAAAAUCA